AUGCUAGACUUUAUACCUGAUUGUUGGGAUGGUGAACCAGAAAAUCGACCAUCUAUGAUCGCAGUUGUCGAACGAUUAAAAAAAAAAUUCAGUAUUGAAGAAUUUGUUCGAUCUAUACUGUUAAGUGAAUCGCAUGAUUUUGGUUUAGCUCUGGAUAUCAUACUAGGUCUUAGACCAAUAAUCAUUCUUGAUAAUCCUGAUGAUUAUGCUAGACUAUAUACCGAUUGUUGGGAUGGCGAACCAGAAAAUCGACCAUCUAUGAGCGCAGUUGUCGAACGAUUGAAAACAAUGAUUUCACCUACAACAAAAACAACAUUAGAUUUAUUUAUGCUUGCUACAAGAAAAAAUCAUACUUUGGCACAAUGUUAUGUUGGAAUAUGUUAUGAUGAAGGACGUGGAGUUGCGAAAGAUGUAAAUUUGGCCUUCGAUUAUUAUUUAAGAGUAGCUAAUAAGGAUUUUGCGGCAGGACAAUUAUUCAUUGGUUAUCGUUAUGAAAUUGGAUUAGGUAUUAUUAAAAGUAACUUAAAAAAGGCUAUUAAAUGGUAUACAAAAGCUGCAAAUAACGGAAAUGUCAUCGCUAGUAAUAAUCUUGGUAAUUAUUAUAAAAAUGGAAAAGGUGUUAAAAAAGAUUAUCAUAAAGCUAUUAAACUCUUUCAAUAUUCAGCUAAAGGAAAUUAUUCAAGUGGAAUAUUAAAUUUAGGAUAUUGUGGAAUUGGGAUUAAUAUUAAUAUGCAAAAAGCAUUCGAAUUAUAUGAAACUGCUGCAAAUUUAGAAAAUAAAAUAGCUCAAUUUAAUCUUGCUUGUAUGUAUGAAAAUGGGAAUGUAAUUGAUAAAGGCUUGGAUAUUGGUACAAAAGAUCUGCCAAACAUGGAUAUCCGGAUGCUCAAAAUAGGUUGA